CACGUGGACGCAUUGUUUGCAAUUCUUUCCAUGUUCGAUUCACUGAGACCAGAAUUGUUCUAGUGAGAUUCCAACUCAAAUGCGGAUUGAAACUACAAAAUCUAUUUGGUUAUUAUUAUUAUAUAAAUUACAGAUUGUGUAUUGUGCUUGAGUAUUGCGAAAUGAAUGAUGAGAAUGGCGAGAGUAACGAGAACUCACGCCUUGACGAGAGGGACGAGAAAUCACGCCUUCAAACUGUAAAGCAAAACAAGUGUCUUUCCUCCGAUUAUGGAUCGGACUCGAGCUUCGUUCAACAUUCUGGAAAUAGCAGCUACUCCGAGUGUUCUGCGGAUGAUAGUGAUCCACAGAUAAGGCAAAAUGGAAUACUGAGUGCGCGCAGUGAAGCCAGCAGUAAUUAUGUUCAGAGCACUGAAGCUUCGCAAGAACACAAUCAAUCACCUGCCAUUUCGAGCGAAAAUACUGACUGUGCUUCGAAUGAAAGGCCUCCUAAAUGCUCUACACCCAUAAGCAAUUUUCCAGACGCGAAAAACCAUUCCACAUUUAGUGUUCAGAGUAUGGACAUAAGACAUUACAUUCCUGGCUGUUCGGUCGGUUCUAUUGUUUACAGCCAUAUGAAUCAGAUUAUUCCGGAGUGGUAUGAUGCAAGUACUCAAUAUUGGCAACAUCGUAUACCGUUUAAUAAUCAAGUGCUCGCCUGCCAAGUGAUGAAUGGCCAUAACCAGCAUAUGCCUACAGUGCAAGAGGUUGAAUCAAUGCAAUCUCAGAAUAUAGAUCCAAACUCCUUUUGCGACCAAUCGCAGCCGGGGAAGUUGAAACCCCCGCUUAAGAUGUAUCAAGAUAGGUGUGCUGUUUCGAAUUACGACAGGAAAAGUUCUUUUGUUGUUUAUGCUAUGCGCAAACGGGAUCUGACUGGAGAUCGUGCCUUGGGGUACAUUGUCAGCCCUGAGUUCAAAAGGAGUGGAAUAGUGUGGUCUUGUGUGAUUUACCCGAAGGGGGUUCUAGAGGAUUCGUCUUACAUGGACGUCAAAGUUCAGCUCAAAACCUACAUUAAAGAUGAUAACCGCAGUGUCAUAUUCAGAGUAUCUCUCCUAAGUGGCCAAAUGGAACACUACGAUGUAGUGGAGGAAAUUUUGAGAGAAGAUGGCCCGAGAGUAGAGGCUGACAACAAAGACGAAUUCGUGUGUAAAAGUACGAAGCCCUACUAUUUGAAUGGACGAAAUGAUUUCUAUGACAGAGAUGAUCCGCUGCUCAUAAGAAAUUUUGGUAGUAGCGAGUACUUGCGCUGUAUGUUCCGAGGCGUGGACAGAGUCACUUUCCGAGUCGAAAUGGAGGAAUCAACUCAAUUGUCGACUCGUGAUCAGUUGAAGAGCUUCCUGAUGUGGACGCAUGCGGAAAUAAUUCAUUCGCAGCAAAGUGGACUGGGUUUUGAAGCAGCAGAGAAGAAAUUUGCACAAAUGCCGCACCAUUAUCACAGAUUAGCACAAGGCUUCUUAGGUCAUUUUAAACUGCAUCAACUGUCCUGCAAUGCGUUUCAGCAAAGUCAGGUUUUGCAGCAGGAAAUGGGACGAAUAAUUGAGGAGACGAAUGAGAAGUUGGAGCAGGAAACCCAUCAGAGGCGCAUCCCAAAUUAUUGAUUUUUUCAAUUUUGUUUAGCCUUGUAUUUUAUUUCUGUAUUAAACUGAUUGUAAGUUUCGUUGAUCUGAUGCAAAUUGUUGAACAUGAGCAGAUUUUUUUUGCUGCUAAUUUGAGUGAAUGCGUUCAACUCUGUUGAAUCUGUGUGCUAAUUUGGGUGAAUACGUUUGAUACGUAUGUGCUAAAUUUGGUGAAUAUGGUUGAUACGUAUGAAUCUAUGCUUAUUCAUCACCAGAAGCAUUAACACCAGAAAAGGAUUAAUUCAACAGUUGUGCACUAGAGUGAUAGUCAGAGAGCGAAUAUUGUACCUGGUAACAUAUUUCCACCCUAUGGAAGGAGACGGGGGACAUAUUGAAUCAUUGAAGUUUUGCAGAUGAACUGUUGAAACCAAUACAAAUGCCGAAUUGAUUUAGUGUAGAUAACA